UUCUCUCCUGUUUUCAGCCCCGCCGAAGUCUCCCGUCUAUAAAACUGACGGCUAGAGAACAGGCACCAAGCGUCCUGUGCUCCAUUCACAGACAUCUCUAGCCUUCCCUGAGGAGCCAUCAAACCCUCAGGAAGAUCUGCUGUCACUAGGAGAAACUGAGGCAAAGGGGCCAGGCUGAUGUCUUAAACCCGGUUUGUGGACACUCAGCCCCUUCAUCACUGUUCCAGAUACUGCUCCCCUGCCGUGGCUCUUGGCUGGCAGAACCAUGGAUUUCAGUACCCCUGACCUGCUGGACAUGUGUCUGGAACCUCCAGAAGAUGUCUUCUCAACAGGAUCUUUCCUGGAGCUGGGACUCCAUGGUCCACCUUCAGAGGUUCCAGUGACUAGGCUACAGGAACAGGGGCUGCAAGGCUGGGAGUGCAGUGGGGGCCACGGCUGUGGUCUUCAAGAGAGUGAGCCUGAAGAUUUCCUGAAACUUUUCAUUGACCCCAAUCAAGUUUACUGCUCAGAAGCAUCUCCCGGCAGUGACAGUGGAAUCUCUGAGGAUCCCGGCCAUCCAGACAGUCCCCCUGCCACCAAGCCACCCAGUUCCCCUGCCCUCUAUGAGGUUGUCUAUGAGGCAGGGACCCUGGAGAGGAUGCAGGGGGAAGCCGGGCCAGCUGUAGGCCUCAUCUCCAUCCAACUAGAUCAGUGGAGCCCACCGUUUGCGGUGCCUGACGCCUGCGUGGUCAGCGAGCUGCCUCCUGAUGCUCACAUCCUGCCCACGGCACCUACUGUAAACUCAGCGCCUCCUGCAGCCCUGCUGCCCUGUCAAACUUUGCUCCUGACAGAAGAGGAGAAGCGGCUGCUGGGACAGGAAGGGGUUUCCCUACCCUCUCACCUACCCCUCACCAAGGCAGAGGAGAGGGUUCUCAAGAAGGUCAGAAGGAAAAUCCGUAACAAGCAGUCAGCUCAGGAUAGCCGGCGGCGGAAAAAGGAGUACAUUGAUGGCCUAGAGAGCAGGGUGGCUGCCUGUGCUGCACAGAACCAGGAACUACAGAGAAAAGUCCAGGAGCUAGAGAGGCACAACAUCUCCCUGGUGACUCAGCUCCGCCAGCUGCAGAUGCUUAUCGUUCAAACCUCCAACAAAGCUGCCCAGACUAGCACUUGUGUUCUGAUCCUUCUUUUCUCCUUGGCUCUCAUCAUCUUGCCCAGCUUCAGCCCCUUUCAGGGCCUGCCAGAAGCCGGGCCUGAGGAUUACCAGCCUCAUGGAGUGAUUUCCAGGAACAUUCUGACUCACAGGGACAUGACAGAGAAUCCUGAAAAUGCAGUGGUAGAGUCCAGACUGGAGGGGCCACCUGGGGCCAGGGGUGCAAACAGCUCAACCAGAACACUGCUCGAGAAGGCGGGAGGGAGGGCAGGCCCCAGCAGGCACAUCAGAACCGUGUUACAUGCAGAUGAAAUGUGAGCUGUAACACCUCCUGGCUCACUUCCCAAUCACAAUAACGAAUCCAGGGCUCUGCUACUGUUAUGCUUCCUCCUGGGGUUCCCACUCAGGGCUCUUUGGCCUCAGGGUUCUGAAUCCCAUAAAGAUGCCCUUGAUGUCUGUACCCCAUGGCUUAGUUGGCCUAUAUCAGGGGGAAGCUCAAAUACUUUCAUUAUGUAUCUGUGAUUUUAUUUC